UCGCAAUCUCAAAGCAGGCGCAUCUCGAAGGAGCCCAACGUUUCUCAGAGACAGUCGUAUUUUUUCCAGUAGCAGUGAAGGCAGCAUUGCCCGAUCUAGUGUGAGGCGUGUUCUACCAGGCAAGGACACACAGGGCUGGAAUGACAUCUGUGUCUGUGGAGGGGAAGAACCAGCAGCUGUAGUUCAGAAGUGUCCGGUGUCAUAAGGUUCUGAAGACAAAUUUGUGCUUUUGUGUCUUCUGUGCUGUGGAGUAUGAUCAGCUGGUGACUGGGCUUUCCUUGGCCCCUGCAGGGAAUGGCUGUGAGCAGAGGGGGCAUUGCCUUCUGGGAGGGUUGUGUGCGCAGCCACAGCAGAAGACAGUCCUUUAAAAACCACAACUGGAUUCUCAGUCAGGCUGUCCGCUGGAUACAUUUGACACGACCCCUGAGCAGUGCAACAUGGGCCCUGGCACCCCCCAACAGUCUGCAAUAUCAGUAUAUUAAGCAGCCGAUGCUGUUACAUCCAUACCAGCUCGCCAGCCAGCUUCAGAAAGGAGGGAUCUCUGAGGAAAACAGGGAAGAACCUCUUGGCACAUGUGUGCUAAUGCAACAGGCAGAGUCAAAUGGCUUCCACAGCCUGGUGGAGGUCUCUGUGUUGGGUCGCAACAAACUAGUAGAACUGUUUGCACCUGGGCUUCACCAGUCGUCUGAGGUCUUCUUCACUCUGACCACAGUGGAUGGCAGCAGAGAGGAUGACAUAAGCAUCCGUUUCAAGGAAAAUGCUGGUGAUUCUGUGAAGAGAGAGCACGGCUGUUUCAGAAGCCUCUUUGAAGCAGAAAAGUGUCCUGCCCCAUUCACAUAUGGCUCCCAGUUUUAUUGUUUUCACUGCCCUGGCACAGAGCCUGAGCCAGGUACUAGGCUAAAGACUGGGAUGGAUUUUAGAAUUGUCAAAAAGCUGGUUGUGGAGCUGCCUCUUACCUCUCUGUGUAGGUAUUCAACACUAAGAGAAAACACCAAGGAAGGUGGUGAAGUUGAGAAGAAACUGGCCGUGAUGUACGAAAGGUUGAGGAUAGAGCUUCCGAGUGUCUUUGUGAGAAACCACGAUUAUACCAUGUACUCAAACGAUGUGGAAUUCAUUAACGGCCUAAUAAACGCCAGGACCAGAGGCAGAGUAUGGUACAAGUUCACGCUCUCCCUGUGGCGCUUCCUCUGUCUCUGUUACUAUGCUGAUGUCCACCUGGAGGUGCUUAAGCUCACCAAACAUAUGGAGGAUGGGACCAUCAGAGCUCGCUGGAGGAUCUGGGGUCUACCCUUCCAUUCUCUGCUGCUGUGCUUCUAUCGCAAAGAAAAGUCUCGCCUUUACAGGUCUUAUGAUGCAUUCUCUACGUUUUACAUUGGGCAGGAUGGACUCAUUCACUGUCAUAAAGUUGAAAAGGUGAUGCCAGAUCAGCCCCCUGUCCUACCCAGAGUAACUUCCCUUCUAACAGGAGCUCUAGUGGUACUAGGGGUUCAGGAACAUCGACCGGCUCUCAAUUUGCUGCCUUUCCUCCUGUCCUCACUUUGAAUCAGAAAAUGUUCAUCCAUUGUUGACGUAGGAACGCAUAAAAUGAAAGUUUGACAUCUUCAUCCCAGCAUCUCACACUGAUGCUCCCUGUAUUAAAUACAAAAUCAAGAUCACAUUGCUUUUCCUUCCUUUGUUGUAAUCAGCUGGAUCUUUGCAUCCAGAUGUCAGACGGUCACGUGUCAGCUGACUACAGCUCAAGAUUUAGGAUACAGUAUGUAGGAAAUUUGUGUGAAAAAAAGCUGAAGCUUAUCAACGAAGAUUAAGUUAAUCACUUUACAUGUUGCAAGUCUGCCCCAAAUAAAGUGAAGGCAUUGUAUUAGCAGUGGCAGACUACUGCACACAGAACUGGCCCAGCUAGUGCAUUAAAAGAGGAAGGAAAAAAGCAGCAAUUGAUUGUUUGUGUGCAAACAUUCAGUUAAAGGACAUUUUGAAAAGGAGUUUUCAAGUUGCUUUCAAUGGCUGUAGUUUAUUAUACACACCCUAGAGUCUUUGUAGCAAUCAUAAUGUAAGCAGAGCAACAAAGCCAGCACCAGAUCAGGGCAGCUGGGUGCUCAUAAUACAGAGGUUGAGGAAACGUUUAUCCAAUAGUAUAUGUACACAGGUUCCCUACUUGUGUAGCUUUCACACAGGAUUUAUAUUUGUGUCAUUUUGCAUUAAGCUGCUGUUGGAGUACACCCUUUCCCCCAACGCUUGUGCUUUCUGCUUUUCUGUUACCUGUUUGUGUUGGUCAGGACAAACUAACCAGUAACAUAUAAGACACAAACCACCCAGGUAACGAUCCACCUCGUGACACAAACAGGAUUUGAAAUUUACAUCUACUUAAACGUGUGAGAAAUCACUGCACUGCUAAAUGGUCUGAUGAAAUGGACUAUAUGAAAUGUGUUUAUAGAGGUGAAGGUGUGUUUACUACUGCUUUCACAGGUGACGCAUUGUCUGUGCUUGAACUCUGGUUGUCUUACCAUUCAAUAAUACUCGCAUUAGUUUAGAAAAAACCUUGCAGGUGUUUACAUGGCUGAGGGAGAAACCCUAAAUAACAAAAACAAGUGGUUCUUCUGCAUCCUUCUGUAGCAUUUUCUGAUGUUUUCAGAGUGUAGAAAGAUGUGUGGUUCUGAAAUGUGUGCACAACCUUUAACACAGAGGAGGGUUUCACAUGUUAAGGGAUCCACAGUUAAAUUCCUAGUGUUUUAUUUAAAUGAACCGGGAUGUUAAAUACAGUUUAGGAAGAUGUCUAAAAUAUAUAUUCUAUAAACUUGAUGAAUGAUUUCUUCCCGACCUGCACAUUUUAAAGUCACUCUUCAAACAGCGUGCCAGUAAACAAAAUGUCUUUUAUGGCCAAUAGAGAUCAAGCUUGACAAAGGACCCGAGGCUUUGGAGCUGUGACCUCCAGACAGUUCCUCCACAUCAGCUCGUGGUUGUUGGCUACACGGUGUUAAAUCCGUCUAACUGACCUGUGAUGUUGGUGUUGUGUGACGAGCUGUACAUACUACAUGCGAACAUUUAAUGCGAUAGUAGCUGUGGUCUUUAGGGAGUUGUCACAUUCUGUGUUUCAUAAUGUCCAUGUAUCCUGGUGCAAUGACUCCUGCGUGAAGACAAUAAACUUUCAGUUAAC